AUGCGAGAAGAGACCAAUAAGUGGAGGGAGAUUGAAGAAGCCUCAGAUGAUCCAGAAAAGUCGCUGGCAUGGGAUGCUCCGCAGAAUACGCUGAUGAUGCAGGGGUUUGAAUGGCACGUGCCGGCUGAUCAGAAGCAUUGGCAGCGCCUUAGAAUAGCUCUACCGAGUCUUCGGGAUGCCGGGGUUGACAAUAUUUGGAUCCCCCCUGGUUGCAAGGGAAUGGUCCCAUCUGUAACGGCACGUGGUGUUGGUAUCGGAAUAUAUUGGGACGCUGUCUUGAACCACAAGGCUGGUGCGGAUUCCACGGAGAGAUUCUCCACUGUGAAGGUGGACCCCAAGGAUCGAACCAUCGUUACAUCAAAGCCCCAGAAGAUUUCUGGAUGGGUUGGAUUCGACUUUCCUGGUCGCAAAGGAAAGUACAGUACAAUGAAAUACCACCACCGACACUUCAAUGGAGUGGAUUGGGAUGAAUCAAGAAAGCAACAAGCCAUAUACAAGACUGCCAAGCCACGCAAAUACUGGGCAAAAGACGUCAUUCGAGCUGAUAUCUUCAAAUGGGCGGAAUGGAUUGGGACGGAGCUGCCAAUCAGCGGCAUGCGGAUUAACGCGGCUAAGCACUUUUCUGCUGCAUUUCAAAAACAAUUCGUCGAUCAUCUGCGGAACACAGUCGGUGCUGAUUAUUUUAUAGUUGGCGAAUACUGGAGAGGACAUGUGAGACAUCUGCUCAACUAUCUCAAAGUGAUGGAAUACGGGGUGUCUCUGUUUGACGUACCGCUGCUUGGGCGGUUUGCGGUGACUUCAAAGACAGAAGGGAGUGACCUUCGUGAGAUAUUUCGAGGCACAUUGGUGGAACAGAACCCGGCACAUGCAGUGACAUUUGUGGGAAAUCAUGACACUCAACUUGGACAGUCUCUAGAGACGGUAAUCGCCCCAUUCUUCAAGCCGAUUGCCUACGCAUUGAUUCUUCUCCGAGCUCAAGGACAGCCAUGCGUCUUUUAUGGCGAUCUUUACGGAACUAAGGAAGGUGCUGGGGCUGCUUCAAUGCCAUCCUGCAUGGGGAAACUCCCUGUUUUGAUGCGUGCCCGCAAGCUAUAUGCCUACGGAGAUCAACGGGAUUACUUUGAGAAGAAAAAUUGCAUUGGUUUCGUGCGUUAUGGGAAUGAAUAUUUCACAGAUGGCCUUGCGUGUGUCAUUAGCAACAUGGGAGCGACUUACAAGCGGAUGUACGUGGGAGUCAGGCACGAAGGAGAGGAAUGGACAGAUGUACUCGAGUGGUGCAUUGGAACUGUGUUUAUUAACACUCGGGGAUAUGGGAUGUUCCCGGUAUCUACAAAAAGCGUCAGUGUAUGGGUUAACAAUAAGGCCAAUGGGAGGAGAAAGCUUUCCCGGCCCUUGUGA